AUGUCCCCCAACAACCAGUUAUCGGCACCUAGAGAAACUGAGAACAACUGCGAUUCAUAUCUAGAGGGUAUAUGGAGACUCCUGGACCCAGAAGCCGGAGGGAUGCUGGACUUUCAAAGCCUCCAGAAUGGGCUGAGGGAGAUUGAUCAUCCCAUGGCGAAUGCAGACCAGCAAUUACAGGACCUUAUUCGGAGGAUAGAUACAAAUGGAGACGGAAAGAUUCAGUACCAAGAAUUCGAGAUGGUUAUGCAGAAAGCUCGUUCAGAGCUCAUAGCCUUGUUCCACGCCAUUGACCUAGAACACAGCGGAAGGCUAACGAGGGCCUGUCUUGAAGCUGCCCUUCGUAACGAGAGCCUUGAAGUACCUACGCACUGGCUUAACGGGUUCUUCAGUGACGUCGAUUUUAAUGACUAUCUGCUCUUCUUCCCGACUCACGGGCACAGCUCCCCUCUGCACGCCAUCUUCCACUCGUAUUCAGCCGUUGUUGCCUCCCAGCCCUCGCACAACCUACAUAAGACCACUGCUGAGCUUCAGGAAGCCUUGUCACCGUCUAAACCACAACCAGUAGGCCCGAAUGCAUUCAACAUGACGGACUUCGUUCCGAGCCCGGGCUAUUUUACCGCUGGCGUGAUUGCUGGGGCCAUGUCAAGGACAGCUCUUGCUCCUCUUGAUAGGUUGAAGGUCUACCUCAUCGCCGAUACAAAAGCCUAUAGAAACGGAAUCGUUCAGGUCUCAAAGACUGCUAAAACGAAUCCUAAUAUUCCUAUUGUCAAUGCUGUAAACAAUUUGUGGAGAUUGGGCGGAUUGCGCUCCUUUUUCCUCGGAAAUGGGCUAAACAUUGCAAAGAUUGCACCCGAAAGCGCCAUCAAGGCAAGCCAUGGCGAUGUAAACAAGCUGACAGCGAGCUCGAAUUUCAUUGUCGGGGGCAUCUCGGGGAUGGUUUCAUACUCCUUCGUAUACCCUAUCGAUACGCUCAAGUUGUGUGCCAUCGACAUGGGCACUUUUGAGUUAUCAAAGAGAGCCUACAGGGUUUAUCGAGCAGAGACGAUCGGUGCCAACGAAGAGGAUGUUGAGCUCGGCAGUGGCGCCACAGGAGUUAUUGGGGCAGUAUCGGGCUCAUUGGGCGCCACGAUAGUUUAUCCGCUCAGUCUAAUCCGCACCCGCUUGCAAGUCCAGGGCACUCUUAUGCACCGUCCUGUCUAUGCGGGCAUCUGGGAUGUUGUCAACAAGACAGUGAGGAACGAAGGCGUCCGAGGCAUGUAUAAGGGCCUCUUGCCCAACCUAGCAAAGGUCGGCCCUGCUCUCAGCAUCACGCGGCUAGCAUACGAAGACGGGAAACAGUUGUUUAAGUUGUCCUGA